AAUUAAAACUUGUUGUCAAAUUUGUAAGCAGCAUGUUUAAUAUGGUUAUAAGUUUUGACAUACACCCUAAACUAAAUAGGUGAAGGCCUUACGGGUCGUUUGGUAGAGUCUAAAUACAAUGCUCAAUACAGCUUGUGGAUGAUUCCAAGAGUUUGUGCUGCAUUUUCUUAAGUUUGGCAAAGGCCAUUAGUCUACAAAUUAUUACCUGUUUGAGAGACUAGUUACAGAUUGCUAAGCUCUAGAUGGCUUACUUCUACAGAAAUUGGAACUGUUUAUAUGGCAUUGGCAAGAGUUGCUUUGGCAGAUCUAAUACAAAACCACCAUCUGCUGAAACAGAUAAGGGUGUGGCCGGUUUGCUUAUGGUCGUUCAGUUUGUAAGAUCAAUGGCUAUACAGUCAACACUCCUAUUAGCUGCUACUGUAUACAUUUUCAUGUCUUUAUUUUAACUUGGUCACAAGACCAUGAAGUUGGAGACAUAAUCUUAUUACCUACACGGGUUUCUGCUGUUUCCUUUGAUAAAUAUUUAGAGUGACAUCAAGCUGAGAACAGGAAAUGGAUAUUGAGGACAAAAAAACAUAGAGAAGUUGCAGCAAGGGAAAAGGAGGUUGCUGCAGUCGCGUAAAUGGCAAGGAGUAUGAUCAAACAGCAAGGAGCAAUGUGAUGGCCAUUCACUUUCAACAAGAAUAUUUAGCUGAAUGGAUGCAAUGGGUGAUAGGGAAGGCCCUAGGCUUGUGAGCUCCACUGCACUUUGGAGGGGUGACCGCCGGCCAGCCCAAGUCGUCCAGGUAUCGCAGUUGGAGCAAGACUUUCAGCGAGCACCUCAACAGCGCGAAAGUGGGCCCGUAGCAUUUGAUACAGAAUAUAUUCGAUGGUUAGAAGAAUACAACGAACACAUCAAUGAGUUAAGGACCGCUGUCAAUUCACAUGCAAGUGAUCCUGAACUGCGAAGUAUUGUGGAUAUUGUCACUGCACAUUACCAUGAGGUCUUUAGGAUGAAAGGAAAUGCAGCCAAGGCGGACGUAGUCCAUGUCUUGUCAGGCAUGUGGAAAACCCCUGCUGAGCGUUGUUGUAUGUGGAUUGGUGGCUUCCGCCCCUCGUUACUGCUUAAGCUUCUAGUCAAUCAGUUGGAGCCUCUGACCGACCAACAGCUUAUGGGCAUUGGCAUCUUGCAGCAGUCAUCCCAACAUGCAGAAUAUGGUCUUUCAGAAGCUAUGGAGGCGUGGCAGCAAUCCUUGGAGGAGACAUUAGCUUACGGAUCUCUUGCUACUGAAGGGUCAUCAGGAGAUGCAGCUUAUAAUAUAAGUCAGAUGGCAAUGGCUAUGGGGAUAUUAGGGACCCUUGAAGGUUUUCUCCGUCAGGCGGACAACCUGCGUCAACAAACAUUGCAACAAAUGCAUCGCAUAUUGACAACCAGACAAUCAGCCCGUGCUCUACUUGCAAUAAGUGAAUACUUCUCACGUCUUCGAGCUCUCAGCUCUCUUUGGCUUGCCAGACCACGAGAGCAAUAAGUAUGACAUGCAUUGCAAUAUUCUACUGAAACUCAGAUAUACUACUUCGAUACACUGUCCAGUAUAUGAGAUCCAACUAAGUUACUAUAUGUAAAGUGGUAUUGUAUGUGCUUGUGGAAGUGCAAAAUUUGUUUUCUUUCUCAUUAGGUUUUUAGAAUGCCAAAAUUUUACUGUGUGACUUAGGAACCAAUAAUGUACCUGUGUUUUUAGCUUUUACAAGGAAAAAGUGUGGUUAGGGAUAUUAAGAAGUGUAAUAGAUAUUUAGAAAGUUUUAUGCUUAAACAAAUUAUAGCUUGUGACUUAAAAGUUUCUCUUCUGAUAUGUUGGAAAUAUAACAAGCAUUUUAUAAUUUU